AUGGAGAAUGAAUUUUCACGUGACAAAAAUCCUAUAAAAUCUUUCAACCGAAAAAGGGAUUGCACACCUAUUAUUGAAGAGGAAAAGAAUAAUAGAAAUAAAAAUACAAACAUGCAUGACAAGUCAAAUAAAAAUAUUUCAUGUGUUAAUUUUAAGUAUGAUCUUGUACAAUUGCAAAGUAAAACAAAGGCAUGUACAAAAGAUGGAAGUGAAAUGCAGCCUGACUACUCUUUCAAGAUAACAACAUUAAAAAGUAAGAAGGAAAAGAAGCACAUAAAUCAUGAUAUUAAAAAUGAUGAAAUGACCAAUUGUGAAAUGUAUUAUAAUAAAAAUAAUGUACCAAAUAGUAACAGUAAAAUUCAUCCUAGUAGAAUAUAUAAAAAUAAGAAUUGUCAUUACGAUAUAAAUAAAAAAAAAGAAAAGAAUAAUAGUAGUAAUUGUAAUGACAAAAAAAAAACAGCUAUAUGUGUUACCAAUUCAGAUGGUAAUAAAAAUAUGAACAACCAUAAGUCUAUACAUGAAAACAUAAUAAUCAAUUUUGAAAGAGAAAAAAAGGAUCUGUCCUUUUCAAAUAACAAAAGGAAUUUUUUGAAAAUGCAUGAAGAAGACUUUAGAAGUAAUAAAUAUGAUGAAUACAAUGAUGAUAAACUGAUGCAGGCUGAUAAAAUAAAAGUAGACAAUAUUGUGGACAGUAUAGACAACUUCAAUAUUAAGCAUAAAGUAUAUAGUCAACAUGCGCAACACAGGGGGGGAGAAGUAAAAAAAUUAAAAGGAAACACAAAUGAAAAAAAAGAGGGAAAUAGUCCGAAUUCAUAUCCUUGUAUGCAAAAUGAAAGCACAACAGAUGAUUUAUAUUUUACACAAGAAAAAGGAGAAGAAAGUGGGAAAAAUACGAAAAAUGAGAAAAAUAAGAAAAAUAUGAAAAAUGAGAAAAAUGAGAAAAAUGAGAAAAAUAUGAAAAAUAUGAAAAAUAUGAAAAAUGAGAAAAAUGAGAAAAAUAUGAAAAAUGAGAAAAAUGAGAAAAAUAUGAAAAAUGAGAAAAAUAUGAAAAAUGAGAAAAAUAUGAAAAAUGAGAAAAAUGAGAAAAAUAUGAAAAAUGAGAAAAAUAUGAAAAAUGAGAAAAAUGAGAAAAAUGAGAAAAAUACAAAACACACGAAUAUUCGACGAAACAACAAUGCGGAAAGUGACAACAACAUGCAUCCACAAUCCCCUAUAACAUCAGCUAAAUGGAUGGACGAUAAUUUUAACAGAACAAAUUUUACUAGUUUAAACAUGGCCAGUAAUGAGAACCCAUCUAGGAGUAGUGAUAGGGGCGGAAAAAAAAAAGAUUUUUCAAAGGAAAAUAUAAAUAAUGGCAAAUUAUAUGUACGAGAGUUGGUCGAUUCAAGUGGCAAUCCUUUUGAAUGGAAAAAUAGUAGUGACGGUAGAACUGAUGGCAGUAAUGACAAGAAUAACGAUUACAGUAAUGACAACAAUAAAUACCACAAUAAUGACAACUCAUUUGAUUUAUCAGGAUGUAGCCUAUAUAAUAAAGGUGUUAUUCGGCCGUCUACUUCCCCAUCGUGUACAUAUCAAAUAACUGCUUGUUUAAAUAGCCAUAAAAGGAGAAAGAUUGAACCUAAUUACGUGAUGAAUAACGUGGGAAAUAAAAGUUUGAUUAAAUCUGAACAUUGUAAAGAGUUCUACAAUUUGAGAGAAGAGGCAAAAGAAACACAAGAAACAGAAGAAGCAACAGAUGAAAAGGUAGAAGAUGAAAACGAAGCAAGAAACAACAUCGACAUAACUAAAUGCAGUAAAUGCAUCCCAAACGACAUAAGCAUUAAUAAUAACAUAAACAGCAGUUUUAGUAACAGAAGCAGUAGCAGUUGUAGUGACUACGUAGCUGAUGGUUAUGCAAGCAACAAUACGAAUAACACCAAUCUUAUGGACAAUAAUAAUAAGAGAUAUAAUAAUUUUUUGCACUCUUCUCAGGAAAAUUAUAGAGACGAAAACACAAAUAUAGGAGAUGAAAAUUUUAUAAUAAAAACAAAAAAAGUAAUGCACAACGGCCUGAAAGGAUGCGAAAGGUUUUAUGAAAACUAUAUACUAUAUAAAACUUUCCUUUUUUCUUUUAAUAGUUCUCAGACAUUCUCACGCUCCAUAUCAUCCAAUGAGCUUGAAAUAAAUGAAAUGAACUCAUUAAAAUAUAAAAUUUUAAAAAAUGAAAAAUACUCACUAUUAAAUAAUAUUCCAACGUAUAAAAAGUUUGAAGAAAAAUACUUUUCAGAAGAUCUUAUUUCUGAUGACUUUAAGUGGAUUGAAGUGGAUGGUGUUAUUUCUUCCUAUGCCUAUGAUUUUGCCAUUUUUGAUAUGGCGGACAGGAACAUGGUAUCGCUUGAUGUGUUAAAUGAGGGGGGAUCCAGUGGUAACGCUCCUGUCUAUCCAUGCGUUAGUUCGGGCGGUAGUUCGUGUAACAGUUCGCAUGACAAUUCGUUUGGUAGUUCGUGUAACAGGAAACGGAACAAUAAAGGAGAUGACCUCCUAAGAGUUAAACGCUCCAUACAUAAUACGAAAAAUUAUGAUGAUGAUCCAUACUUAGGUGUGAACACUUUAAGUAACAUAGAAAAUGAAGUAGCCACAAAAUGUGAGGAUGUCCCACAGAUUAGCCAUAGAAAGGGAGAAAUAAAAUGGGAAAAUCAUAUUUAUAAUUCUUACAAUAAAAAAAAAAAAAGAAAAAAAAAGAAGAAGAAACAGUUAGAGAAAAAGAUAGAGAAAAGGAUAGAGAAAAGGAUAGAGAAAAGGAUAGAGAAAAAGGUAAAGAAUAAGGAUAAGAAUAAGAAUAAGAAUAAGGAAAACACUAAAAUAUCGCAUUUAGGUAAAGAUUUACGUGCAAAUGGUCAGGAAAAAAUAAUGGAGAACGAAUUUAACAUGAAUGAUAUGAAGAAUGCGAAAAGUUGUAGUUCCCAUAAGGAUAAUAUAGAAGGAAGGGAGAAGAAGUUCUUAAUUAUGUACGCUAAAAUUAUAAACAUAAGUUUUAUAUAUUCAGCAGAUAUAUUGAAGCAAUUCAAUCACCCAUCAGUGAAUAUAUUUAAUACAAAUAGAACACAUCAUAUAAAAAAGAAAAAACAGAAGAAUGCAUGUAGAGAAGAAGAAUAUAAGGAAGGUGAUGAUAAUGAAGGUGAGUCAAAUGUGAGUGAACCAUUUGAGGAGUGCAAAAAAGAAAAGAUAAGUAGCGAAUUUUUAGCACAUAAAAAAGUAGAUGAACAUUAUAAACUAAUUAAUAAGGAAUCCAAAUUAGCAAAAGGGAAAAAUAAAUUUAUAAGUAAUAGAAUAAAAAAGCAUUUAAAUAGUAUUAAUGCAAGGAUAAUAAUAAAAGAAUGGUAUAUAGAUUAUGGAAUAUCACCUAAUUGCACACCUUAUAUUUAUGUUGUUUCAGAAAAUGACAAUAGGUAUAGACUAGAUAAGGUACUAGACAAAUAUUACCAUACCUUUACUAAUAUAAGACUUAAAUUUGAAAUUACUACAAGAAUUGUGAAAACUUUACAAGUCUACCCUAACAUACCUUACGAUACUCUAAUCGGUUAUUUAACAUCGUAUGAAUCAACCAAGGGUAGGCUAAAAAAAUUGAAAGCAGCUAAAAACAAAAAGGGGCGAAUAACAAGUAACAUAGAAAUGGCUAUAAGGAAUGUUAAACUACGAAAUGUAUCAGUUGAUGAGGAAAAACAAAUGGAAUAUCACCUGCAUAAUAUGAACACAUUGUUAAUGGAAAAUGCCUCUGUAAGCACCUUAUAUGGGAAAGAUACUACUUCUCCUAAUGAGAACGUGAAGAAUGAAAGUAGAGAAAAUUUGGAUAUCGUCAAUUAUUCAAAGAAUAAUAAAGUAAUGAAAAAGAAUUUAUGUAUGUGGAAUUUUAAUUUAUCUGAAAAAAAUGGAACAGGCGUUUACAUAAUGCCAGAUGGAAAGAGAAGUAAAAAAUGUACUUGGGGUGCAGCAUAUGCUGUAUAUAAAUGUAAUAAAAAUGUUAUUAUUAAAUUAUAUAAUUUUAUAAGAAGUGAAAUUCUAUUAUUAGAAGAAUGUUUUAAUAUUAAUUAUUUACUAAACACCAAUUUUAUGAAAAGGUUAGAAGGGGAGUUUAUUUCUAAGUAUGCAACUGACUGUGGAUGGAGAAAUGGUUACCAUGAUUACUGUAGGUGCGGCACUGUGUCGUCCACCAUUGGGGGAAUCCAUUACCAUUCCCAUAGUGAAGAGGUUGAUCGAGGUGAUCAGGUUGACGAUGACAUUGACGAUAAUGAUCUGAGUAAUGAUCGGAGUAAAGAUCGGUGUAAAGAUCUGAGUAAUGAUCGGUGUAAAGAUCUGAGUAAUGAUCGGUGUAAAGAUCUGAGUAAUGAUCGGUGUAAAGAUCUGAGUAAUGAUCGGUGUAAAGAUCUGAGUAAUGAUCGGUGUAAAGAUCGGAGUAAUGAUCGAAGUAAUGAUCGAACUAAUGAUCGAAGUAAUGAUCGAAGUAAUAAUGAAUGCAUUAAGAUGGGGCCCUAUUUUCCACCUUCAAAUGAUCUUCAGAACGGAGGAAAGGACAGAAGCAAGGUCCCCUUGCUACUACUAAAUCAUGGGGAUUACAGAAAGGUAAAAUGUAGUACAAAAGAGGGGAAUCCUGUAAAGGAGCAAAUUUAUAUUUCGUCUACUAUGUCCAAUGGGAGUACGCAUAGUAUGUUAUCUGCGAAUUGGCAGAUGGAACAGAACAAUUGUGUACUAAAUCGGCGUGCAGCAGAAUUGGAAGAAGAGGGGGAGAAGGUGGAAUAUAGGAAGAAGAAGGAACAGAACAACGAUGACAAUGUAGAGGUGAACGGAGACUGCACUAUAGUGUGCAGAAAAAACUGCAGUAUGAAAUGCAGUAACCAUUGCAGUAAAAACCGCAUAGAUUGUAGUGACUGGCUCUCCACAUUGCGUACAGAUAACGAGGAAGAUGUGAAAAAGAAUGAUAGCGAAAAAAGGGGGGAAGUGCUAAACCUUAACAGAAACGUAUACGAGCAAAAUCUUCCCCUAAAUCUAAUUGUUCCCGUAAAAUAUGAAACGCUACUAAACAUAUGGACAUUUUUUGAAACGUUUAAAGAAAUACUAGAUAUAAAAAUAACAAUGAAUAAUCUAGAAAAAAUAUUUCUAUUUAAAAGAAAUAAAUUUAAUAAAAACAUUAUCUCCUACUCAAUUAAUAAAAGCUAUUUACUUAAGGAAUACCUCCGAAAACACAAUAAAUUAACAGAGUUCAUUGAGAAGAACAUCUAUGGUGAAAAAGUGGAAGACGACCUAAUAUUAGAUAUAAAAUAUAAAGAUAAUAUUUUAAAGAGUUUGCUAAUGUUGUUACACUACGCACUAUUAAUAGAUAAUAUCAUAGAACAUAAUUCUAAUAAAAGACAAAAAAAAAAGAAAAAUAUAAUUUUUGCAAAUAAUUAUUACACAUACCAAAUUUUUGACGAAUUUGAAAUUCCUUUGAUGAGAAACAUUUCUAGUUUCUCCUUCAAAAAGAAGUUCAAAGGGAUAAUCAGUAAAAAAGGUAGUAGCCAAGGUUGUAGUAGCCAGGAUAGUCUAGACAUAAACAGGUCAGUUCAUCAGCAAAAUGUUGUGAGUGACCAAAUGUGUAAUAAAGGUGUUACACAGAAAGUAGCUCUAUCAGAUGAUGUAAAAAUAGGUUACAAUGUAUGUAGUAAACCUAUCAAGAAAAUCCAAAAUGAAAAGGUAGCACAUGCGACUGGAUUGGAUACUACACAGAAAGAUGCUACAUCUAAUAAACGAAAUGAUGAACAAAAUGAUAAGCAAAAUAAUCAAAGAAGUUUCGAAAUGGCGAAAUACAGCAUUUGUCAAAACUAUGUUUCCUCAAGGAAUAUUUCGAACAGUCCUGAUGUUUUUUCCUCCAACAUGGAAUCGUCCUCUGACGAUAAUAAAAGGGGAUCAUGUUCUGAUGGGAUAAACGGAACGGCUAUGGGGGAUGAAACGGAGGAUAUAUCGACUGGUGAGAAACAGGAUGAAGAAAAAAGUAACAUCAAAACAUACAGUAAUAAAUAUGGGGGUAGUAAGUCCACAGGGAUUAUGCUUAAUCGAAACAGUGCCUCUAAUAACAGUAAAUGGAACAAAACAGGAUUCAUAGCGCAUGGAAAGAAGGUUGAUUAUGAUUAUGAUUUUAAUUCAAGGGAUAUGGAGAUUCAUAACACGAAAUUAGAAAGGUAUAAAAGAAAGAAAAAUGAAAAAGGGGAUGACAUAUAUGAAAAUUGUUAUAAAUUUUGUGAAUUGCAAAAUAUAAAGAACGGGAAAUACGAUGAGGGAGAUAAAUCUGAAGAAAAUGAAACAAUCGAAAUGCACAAUGAAGGAGUGAAAGGAAGUAUACAUGGAAUUAUGAUGCCUACCCAGGUAGUUGUAAAGGAGAAUAUUAAAAUGACACAAUUAAAAGGUAAGGAAACAACAGAAAAGAGAACAUCAAAAAAGGGGAAAGUAGGAAGGGGAAAAACCGAAAAAGACCUAGCUAGGGUUAUAAAACUUGAAGAUCAGGACAAUUCCUUUGAAGAUACAUCCCAGUUUUUCGAGUUAACAGAGUUUGAAGAAGAUAUUAAUAAUAAUUCUUAUACUUCUGUUUUGUCCAACCUCUUUUUGAAAAGAAAAAAAGAAAAAAUGAUUUUUGAAGAAUAUGAUGAUAUAAGAGUACUAGACAACAUAACAUGGACCAUAUUAUUAAAAAAAUAUUUUUUUAUUAUUUUAUAUACGAUGAAACAUUCAUUUAUUUUUGAUAAGAAUGAAUGCAACAGGAACAAUUUAAGUAAGAACUUUGAGAGUACAAGAAUAAAUAGGGAAAAAAUCAGUGCUGUGUCGUCAAAGGAGAGUUGCAUUAGAGUAGUCAAGAAUAACCUUUCAAAAGAUAAAGAUUGUGAGAGGGCUGAAAGUAGGGGAAUGGACAAUAAGACUGAAUGCAAUGGAUUUGGUGGUAACUUAUUUGAGAGUAGUUACACAAAUAGAAUAAUUGAUGCAAAUAUAAUAGAUUCUAGCGGAGGAAUUUCAAAAAAGGAAGAAGGAUUAGAAAACAUUAAUUUGAAAAAAUACAAAUUGGGUUGGAUUCUGAACUUUAAGAAAUUUGACGUGUCCAGAAGUGAAAUUAUAGACAUGGUUAAUAUUUUCAAUUUUUUGCGCAAUAAGAAUAAUACCUAUGAAAUGUUAAAAGAAAAGGAUAAGAUGAAAAUGAUCAUGUUCUUUAUAAAGAUAAUAUAUAGUAGUAACAUAUCGAGAGAAUUCAUAAGUGACAAGAUGAAGUACCUAAAUAAUAUAAAACGUUACAUUGCCAAUACGCAUAAUUAUCAAAAUAUCAGGAGAAAAAAUGGGGCAAAAUGUGCAGCUAAAUAUGCAGCUAAAUAUGCAGCUAAAUAUGCAGCGAAAAAAGGAGACAAAAAUGGAGUCAAAAAUGGAGUCAAAUAUGGAGACAAAAAGGAAGUCAAAUGCGACUCCAAGUGUGGUGCCAAAAAUGAUUCCACAUCGACGAAGGUAACACAAGAGAAGGAAGUCCUCUGUACUAAAUACAGUAAGAAAGAAAUUGAACAAAUAGUAAAUAUAGAGGGGGGAGAAAAUCGCCUUUACAGAGUUAAUGAAAAGAUGAAGGUGCAAGCGAGUUAUAUUGGAGAGGAUAGACAUGCUAAUAAAUAUUUUUAUUUUGGUAGUUCUUUUGGGUAUAUAGAUAGAAUAUAUAUCCAAUAUAUGACUAAAGGAAGCACACGUAAAAAUACGUAUUUGAAUAAAAGUAGUUCAAAUGAAACUAAAUAUGCUGAUGAGAAAGAAACGUUCUCACAGUUAAAGAAUGAUGUAAAGAUAAAAGGAGAAAGUGCUAAUUAUAAAAAAGGAUCAAAAGAUUAUAUACAAUUAGGUUAUAUACAAGGAAUAUAUAAUAUUAAUACCUUCCUUGAAUGUUUUUCACCUUAUAAUAUUAGGGAAAUAAAUUUAAAAAAAAAAAUUCUUGAAAUUAUGGAGAUAAUAUUAAGAGGAUGCUCAGAAAGUGGAGAUCAUUUGGCGUUUGAGGCGUUGAAUGAAGAAUACACCAAAAAAAAGAAAAGAAGUCAAUGUGUAAAUAUGAACAGUGAAGGUACACACAGUGGAAGGGUAACUCUUCCCAAUGAGAAGUGCACAAUUGACCAAUUCUCAUUUAACAAAGUAGAAAGAGAAAAGCAGAGGAAAGGAGAACAUAUAAUACGCGAACUGGAAAAUGGCCCAGAGCUAGCAAACAACAAUAGUUUUAACAAAUUGAGUAGAUAUAUGAAGAAUCAUACAAAUGAUGAGCUAAAAGAUAAAAAUGAAAAUGCUCUCAUAAACAUGAGAGAGGACUACUUAUUUACGCAGCUACAGAAUGAUGAGAAACAUGAACAGGUAAGGUGGUACUUUACCGAAACAGAGAAACUUUUUGAGCAGUUUUUCUUCAUAGGUGAAAAGUUAAUCUACUUUAUGAAAGAAAUAAAUAAUAUAUUGAGUUACCAUUUUGAAUCAGUAAUUAAUCAAAAAAUUUAUGAUUUUAUUUUUUUUUGUUUGGACAAUUUUGUUCAUAAAGACAUAACAGAAAACAUUAAAAAAAGUAUAUUUUUAAAAUAUCUGGAUAUUAUUUAUAUAAUAGAAAAAUGUUUUUCGUCCUAUUCUUUUUAUUUCCUUCAAAAGAUAUGGAAAUUAUCUCUUAGUUAUCAGUGGACUAAGGAACUUGAUGUUAUAAAACAUGAAAUAGUUCAUAAUUUUUCAUCUUUAAACUCAUUAGAUGUAUUACCAAUUUUAAGUAUUUAUUUUAAUUUUUUUCGUAUUUAUGGUAUUAAGGAAGAAACUAUUACUAUGUUGUGCAAGUACAAUGUAGUAUAUCGAAUUUUUCAAAAAAGAAAUAGUUAUGAUAGCAACGUGAAGAAAGAUUUAUUUAUACUUCAGAAAUUCCUUGUUCAGCAUAAGGGGGAUAAACAAAAGGAUACCAGUAAGUAUAUCCAGCAAUUGCUUAACAUACAGAAGAAAAGUAGCUACACAGAUAAAUGUCUUAAGGAAGAAAUGAACGAACUGAGAAAUAAAAUAUACGACUGCUUACCUUUUAAAGUCAAGGAAAAAUAUUUCUAUUUCAAGGAAGGGCACUUCGAACAUAUGAAGAAAUUUUCGGACUACAGCUUUUUUUUUAAUGAAAAAAACGAUUUAACCGAUAUCCUUGGCAACAUUGAGCAGGUAGAAGUGGAGGAUAUAAAAAUAUUUAUACUUUCCAGUGAUAAGAAGCGAAGAGAAGAAAAAAACAAACAAACACACAAAAACGUGCCAAGAGAAAAAGGUGCAACCAUAUUUCAGGAGGGACCUAAUUAUGAACAAGCGCUUGAUGCAAUAUCAGAAGAAAAGAUAGAAGAAAAAAACUCAAACAAAUGUAGUAACAAAAAUAUGGUGAUGUGCAAAUUAGAGGAAAACACAAACGAGCAGAAAAAAAGAAUAAAAAGUGAAAAGUGUAGAAAGUUAAGUAAUCAAAUAAGGAAUGACGUGAAUGACCGGAAUGACGGGAUUGACCAGAAUAACAGAAGUGACAUGAAUGACCGGAAUGACAUGAAUGACCGGAAUGACGUGAAUAACCAGAAUAACCGGAAUGAUAUGAAUUAUUGCAAACUGCAUAACGAUUUGUUCAAAAUAAAAAAAAGAAUAGAAAAAUGCUGUUUACGCUCAGAUGAUAACAAAGAUAAAUUACUGCAUUUUAAUUCUUUUACAAAUUGCGCAAAAUUAUUAGACACCCAAAUAUGUAACCAUUCGUCAAGUCAUCAAGGUUUCUCAUUUUCAAAGAAUGAAAAUCUUUUCCUCAACAGUAAUAUAUCGAACGAAAUAAGUUCAACGAGUAAAAUAUGGGAAGCAUAUCCAAUGAAUGUCAUAAAUUCAUUAAGUAGCCAAUCCAUAAAUAAUAACCUAAACGAGUCAUGUAUAUUUGUAUGUCAACUUCAUUGCUCUAUUAUACCCCGACAUUAUGAAAUAGCUGAUACGUUAUGCGAAAAAUUAAAUGUAUUAAAAAAUAAAGCUCUUAGUAGUGCUGUCACAAAUCCUCCUUUUUCUGUGUUUAACAUAUGUUAUGAUGAAAAUAUGAAAACCGUUUUGUACAUUGUACCUUCCGACAAGUACGCAUUAUUUUCUGCUUUUUAUCUAAGCAUAUGUUCGGUUUUAAAAUCCUUAAGUAUUAAAUGGGAAUCCGGCUUAAAAUGUGAAAUCCGAAAACCGAUGUGCUCGUUUGAUUACUCGAGUUACCCAGCUACUAUUAAUGAGGUCAACGACAAUCCCGUACGUUUGUGGAAAAGUGUAACCAUAAAAAUAGACAAAACAGGCCAUAAAAAUCAAUCAGUUAAGAAAGAUGUAAAUAUUUGGGAACUAUAUAUGAAAAAUGAUUUAUAA